GUUUUAAAUAAAGCUUUGGCAGAACGCGUGGGUGAUAAUUCUGGAAGCAGCGUCUGUUUUGCUGAAGUAGGACGACGCUCUUUAAAAGGAUCGUUUUGAACACACCGAGUUGAACUUAUUUUUGUAUCUCUAUUAAACAUUACGGGUAUCAAGUGAACCCCUGAAAACAUGGCAGAAAGCGACUGGGAUACCGUGACUGUCUUGAGGAAGAAGGGGCCGACUGCUGCCCAGGCCAAAUCCAAGCAGGCUAUCACGGCUGCUCAGAGGCGUGGGGAGGACAUUGAGACAACCAAGAAAUGGUCUGCAGGGCAAAACAAGCAGCAUCUUGUGACAAAGAACACAGCCAAACUGGACCGGGAAACAGAGGAGCUACACCAUGAUAGGAUUCCCCUGGAGGUGGGCAAGGUCAUCCAGCAAGGCAGACAGGACAAAGGCCUGACCCAGAAAGAUCUGGCCACUAAAAUUAAUGAGAAGCCUCAAGUCAUUGCAGACUAUGAGUGCGGGAGAGCAAUUCCCAACAACCAGGUCAUGGGCAAGAUAGAGAGAGCAAUUGGACUGAAACUACGUGGGAAGGAUAUUGGCAAACCCCUGGAGGCAAACCCCAAGAAGAAAUGAACACAAAGCCUCGAAAUCAGCCCCCCCUCACCCCAUAUUUCCUUAUAACUGAGACCUUAACCCCCUUUCCCCACACCACCUCUAAAACCCUCAAAAACUCUCCUCCUCUCUCCCCCUUCCCUUCCCCUACCUGGGCUGAUAUCACCUGUGUCCUGCCUGAGGACUUGGUGUUCCACUGCAUUACAGGCUGCAGACUAACAAGUCAUCUGAAAUCACUCUUUUUACCACGUAAUCAAAAGAAUGAUUGAAUGCAUUUUUCAACAUCACAAACUCGAAGUUCCAUGAAUUUCUUUUCAUCUACGCCUGCUUAGGCUUUGGCAUGAUAAAUUCAGCUUUUUGAUAGUGAUGUAAAAUCAUUUAAAGAAUGAAGUUUUUUUUCAUGACCAAACAAAUUAGUUUGACUGACUUAAAUUCAGAGCAUGAUGUUAAGCCAAAAGUGCUUGAUCGCAUCCUUUUCACACACUUAGGAUAGUGGGUGGAUGUCAUUAUGAUGUUGAAAUGUUUUAAUGCUGUGCUUUGUUUUGAUCUAAAAAUAAAGUUUGGCAGUCAUGGCA